AAGUCCCGAACAUUGAAUUGUUACGCAGUAGGGUGGGUAACAGUAGCAACAACAAUAAGGCCGCCCCGGCACCGCGCCUGAGGUAUUGUAACGACCAUGGAUAGUCCUUCCCGGGUCCGGCGCAACACGCCCGCCGAAUACACGGUGCCUCCAUUCCCGUCGCUCUUCUGGCCGCCACAAGCCGCGAGCGUCAUUCUUUACGAGCUGGACGAGAUGUGGAAGUUUACCCUCUUCUGGACCAUCAUCCUCUACGGCCUCUUCCACCUAGGCGCGGUCGGGGUGGCCGUGUUGAUGCAGGGCGGCAAGCGGAUGUCCAGCUGGAAGUACCUCUGGCUAGUGCCUCUGAUCUACGCCUUUAUUGCCGGCGCUGAGGCCCUGAUCGCGGGGACUCUCGUGGGCUUGAUAGUUGGUGGUAGCUACCUCGUCGGGGGCUUCUUCAUGUCGACCUGGAUCCCCUUUGUCUGGGGCUGGGUCAACGUGCUGGUGCUCAUCGUGUCCUCGUUCAGGAUCCAAGGCGGCCUGUAGCCAGCACAACCAUUGCAUGCCGGAUGCAAGAUGCUCGACUUUUUCCACUUCCGUUGGAGAAACGGAGAAGUCGAUCUUGUGAUGGGAUUGGUUCAUCGAAGCUGGUCAAUCCCGGCAGUCCAACAACGGCAGACGCGAAUCGCGCAAACCCGGUGCUCGCGUGUCAUUACGGGCAGUUGUGUCAGGUACCUCCAGUUGUGGCCCCAGUGCCCACACCCCUGCCCCGCCACGUGGGUCAGCAGCUUUGAGAGUGCUGCAUCCACUAAAACAUUGACCGCGAACU